AUGAAGGCAACGGAUUCUACCACAAUCUUUGGAUGUCAAGUCAGUCCAAAUCAACCAAACAAAUGGCGUCGGCAGCUGCGCCGAAUAUUGGUUCCUUUGGUCCUUGCGGCGUACCUACUUCUGUCCCUGCGCCUGCAAUACCCCCGCGCAAGCACAGAUAGCCCCCCAAGUGGAAGUAAAGACUACUCUAGUUGCGGAAAUCGGUCCCUGGGGAAAGUCGUGGUUGUCUCCACCGGGCCCUCAUGGCGGCUUGAUGGACUUGUUGAAGCUGCAAACCUGACUGGAAUCGACGUAGAGGUUCCCGCACAGCCAGAAUGGACAAAUGGUGAAGUGGACAUCUUCCGGAGUGCCGCUCUUGAUCCGGAUACCAAGAAGCCCAGUCCAAAUGGCCGCGGUUUGGCCAAGUGUUGGUUGGGCCACUUGAACGUCAUCCGUGAGAUUCUCUCACGCGGUUGGGCUACAAGCCUCGUAAUGGAAGAUGAUGUCGAUUGGGACGUUGCAAUCAAAGACCAGUUAUCUUUAGUUGCCCCCAUGAUUCGCAAUGUCACAAACUCGACAAGUCUCAGCGAUUCACCGUACGGCAGCAACUGGGACCUUCUCUGGCUCGGCCACUGCGGCGAGGCACUGCCAUCAUCAGGACAUGUUCUGUCACAAAUUGAUGAAUCGUUACCCGAAUCCCCAAUUUACAGGAAAUACGAUGGAUCAUAUGGCUACUUCCCUCCUCAAUUGCGGGUUGUCCAUCACACCUACGCCCCAAUCUGUACGUAUGCAUACGCCUUGACAUACAAUGGCGCAUCUACGAUCUAUCAGCUGGCAGUCGGAGGAAAAACUCAAACCAUCACUGCUGGGCUGUAUGAGUACUGCAAAAAGGGCCAUCUGCGUUGCGUGUCAGUCAAUCCGGAACUUUUCCAUCAUCACAAAAAAGCUGGAGUGUCAACAAGUCAAAUAGCCCAGGUGGAGGGUUGGACAAGUAGAGCAAAACCUGCAGAUAUCACUUACACAGCCAACAUUCGACAUAGUGCUAGAUGUAACAGUCGAACAAAGGGUCUAGUUACCUGCCAAGAUCCGAUGGUUGAGCGAUGGAUCACCGAUAGCAAUUAG